UGAUAUAUUUAACGGUUUUAGUCAGAAUUUUAGAAUUUAGUCUCUUCACACCUUGACAUAUUGGAGAAAGAAAUAAAAUCUCAAUUCUCACUUAUUUGGAGUGGUUUGUGAAAUGUGACCAUUGUUUUUACUGAACACGUACUUUAGUUACAAGUUUAAAUAAAAGUUAAGUGUAUGUUAAGGACAGUUUGAAUUAGUUACUCGUAGUUACCGUCCAAUUGUACAACGAAAAGCUCGUAUAAUAUUUCGAACAGAAGGUGAAUUCGGGCGUCGACCGGUCCAUCCCUCCUACUUGUAACCGUUGCUGUCACUCGUGUCAGUCCAAAUCGUCAUUUCGUACGUGUCGUGCUACCGGGUAAGACGAGCAUUUCGGUGGUUUCCAACAACGUGUUGUGUAGUGUCGGUCUGUGGGACCGUUUAAUGUGGUAUUCAGUGCCGGUGUUAGGGUAUCGCAAGGGUCGCGCGUGAUUCGGCGCGAUGGUGGAUAUGGAUAGGAACGACCCGGAGCUCCGGUACCUGUCGGUCGAUCGGAACAGUUUCAACGACCCCGCGACGCAGGCCGAAUGGACUCAGAAGAGACUAGUGUGGGUGCCCCAUGAGACUCAUGGCUUCGUGGCCGCUGGCAUCAAGGGCGAGCGGAGGGAUGAAGUGGAAGUGGAGAUCGCGGAGUCCGGGAAGCGGAUGUUGGUGCCCAUCGACGACAUCCAGAAGAUGAACCCGCCCAAGUUCGACAAAGUCGAGGACAUGGCUGAGCUCACCUGCUUAAAUGAAGCCUCCGUUCUUCACAACAUCAAAGACAGAUACUACUCCGGAUUGAUAUAUACAUACUCUGGUCUCUUCUGCGUGGUGGUCAAUCCGUACAAGAAGCUGCCGAUCUACACGGAGAAGAUAAUGGAGCGUUAUAAGGGCAUCAAACGCCACGAGGUACCACCGCACGUGUUCGCAAUCACCGACACAGCAUACCGCUCCAUGCUGCAAGAUCGCGAGGACCAGUCCAUCUUGUGUACCGGCGAGUCCGGUGCCGGCAAGACCGAGAACACCAAGAAAGUGAUACAGUACCUCGCGUACGUCGCAGCCUCCAAGCCCAAAGGCUCGGGCGCGGGACCUUCGCCGCAGUUGAUCAUAGGCGAAUUAGAACAACAGCUGCUUCAAGCCAAUCCUAUCCUCGAAGCGUUCGGUAACGCCAAGACAGUCAAGAACGACAAUUCAUCGCGUUUUGGUAAAUUCAUUAGAAUUAACUUCGACGCGUCCGGUUUCAUAGCUGGAGCUAAUAUUGAAACCUAUUUACUGGAGAAGUCGAGAGCCAUCAGGCAGGCGAAGGACGAGCGGACGUUCCACAUCUUCUAUCAGCUGUUAGCGGGCGCGACCUCUCAGCAGAAGGCGGAGUACAUACUAGAAGACCCCAAAAGCUAUCCCUUCCUCACGAACGGCGCGCUGCCGGUGCCGGGCAUCGACGACGCCGCGGAGUUCCAAGCCACCAUCAAAUCCAUGCACAUCAUGGGCAUGAACAACGAAGACUUCAACUCGAUAUUCAGAAUCGUCUCAGCGGUCCUGCUGUUCGGCUCGAUGCAGUUCAAACAGGAGAGGAACUCGGAUCAGGCCACGUUGCCUGAUAAUACUGUUGCACAGAAAAUUGCUCAUUUGCUAGGUCUUUCUGUGACAGAAAUGACAAAAGCUUUCCUCAAGCCGCGGAUUAAAGUGGGUCGUGAUUUCGUCACCAAAGCACAAACUAAAGAACAGGUGGAGUUCUCUGUCGAGGCUAUCGGCAAGGCUUGCUACGAACGUCUCUUCAGAUGGCUGGUCAACAGAAUCAACAGGUCGCUGGACAGAACGAAGAGGCAGGGCGCAUCGUUCAUAGGGAUCCUCGAUAUGGCCGGUUUUGAAAUAUUCGAACUGAACUCCUUCGAACAGCUGUGUAUUAAUUACACGAACGAGAAGCUGCAACAGCUCUUCAACCACACCAUGUUCAUCCUCGAACAGGAGGAGUACCAGAGAGAAGGCAUCGAAUGGAAAUUCAUCGACUUCGGUCUGGACUUGCAGCCGACGAUCGACCUCAUCGACAAACCCAUGGGCAUCAUGGCCUUGCUCGACGAGGAGUGCUGGUUCCCCAAGGCGACGGACAAGACGUUCGUCGAGAAGCUCGUGUCGUCACACUCCGUACAUCCGAAAUUCAUGAAGACGGAUUUCAGAGGCGUCGCUGACUUCUCCAUCAUACACUACGCGGGGAAAGUUGAUUACUCGGCCGCCAAGUGGCUCAUGAAGAAUAUGGAUCCUCUGAACGAGAACGUGGUGUCGCUGCUGCAGUCCUCGCAGGAUCCCUUCGUGUGCCACAUUUGGAAGGACGCCGAAAUAGUCGGCAUGGCGCAGCAAGCGAUGACCGACACGCAAUUCGGCAAGAGAAUAAGGAACGGGAUGUUCAGAACGGUCUCCCAACUGUACAAGGAACAGUUGACGAAGUUGAUGGCAACGCUGAGGAACACGAACCCGAACUUCGUCAGGUGUAUCAUACCGAACCACGAGAAGAGGGCCGGCAAGAUAGAGGCGCCCUUGGUCUUGGACCAGUUGCGCUGCAACGGUGUGCUCGAAGGUAUUAGGAUUUGCCGUCAAGGUUUCCCCAACAGGAUCCCGUUCCAGGAGUUCAGACAGCGCUACGAGCUCCUCACGCCGAACAUCAUCCCGAAAGGCUUCAUGGACGGCAAAAAGGCGUGCGAGCAAAUGAUAGAGGCGUUGGAACUAGACCACAACCUCUACCGCGUCGGUCAAUCCAAGAUCUUCUUCAGAGCUGGAGUGCUGGCGCAUCUGGAGGAGGAGAGAGACUACAAGAUAACCGACCUCAUAGUGAACUUCCAAGCCUUCUGCAGGGGAUUCCUGGCGAGAAGAAACUAUCAGAAGAGAUUGCAGCAGCUGAGCGCUAUAAGGAUCAUCCAAAGAAACUGCGCCGCCUACCUCAAGCUGAGGAACUGGCAGUGGUGGAGGCUGUACAUUAAAGUGAAACCUCUGCUAGAAGUGACGAAGCAGGAAGAGAAGUUGACUCAGAAGGAGGAUGAGCUGCGCCUGAUCCGCGAACAGCUGGAUUCCCAGCUGAAGUUGUGCCAAGAGUACGAAGCCAAGUACCAGCAGGCUAGCGUCGAGAAGACCGAGCUCGCUGAGCAGUUACAGGCGGAACUUGAGCUAUGCGCUGAAGCCGAGGAGUCCCGCGCUAGGGCGGCCGCCCGCAAGCAAGAGCUGGAGGAGCUGCUGCAUGACCUGGAAGGAAGGAUAGAGGAGGAGGAGGAGCGGUGUGUAGCGCUGCAGCAGGAGAAGAAGAAGCUACAGCUGAACAUACAGGAUGUGAUGGAACAGCUGGAGGAGGAGGAGGCAGCUCGUCAGAAGCUGCAGCUGGAGCGUGUCCAGUGCGACGCCAAGAUCAAGAAGCUGGAGGAGGACCUGGCGCUCAGUGACGACACCAACCAGAAACUCCUCAAGGAGAAGAAGGUCCUAGAAGAGAGAGCUAACGAUCUCUCACAAGCACUCGCCGAGGAAGAAGAGAAGGCUAAACAUCUGAGUAAGUUGAAAGCGAAACAGGAGUCUGCUAUUGCUGAGCUGGAGGAAAAACUAUUGAAGGACCACCAAUUAAGGCAAGAAGUGGACAGAACCAAGAGAAAGCUGGAGACAGAGCUCCAGGACGUUAAGGAACAACUGGUGGAGAGGAAGGCGCAGCUCGAAGAACUGCAGAUUGUACUCAAGAAGCGCGAGGAGGAAUUAGUGGCGGCCAACGCACGGGCCGACGAGGAAAGCUCACAAAGGAACAACGCACAGAAAGCGGCCCGGGAGGCCCAGGCGGCGCUGGACGAGGCACGGGAAGACCUGGACCAUGAGCGGGCUGCCAGGAGUAAGGCGGAGAAGCUCCGGAGAGACCUCAACGAGGAACUGGAAGCUUUGAAGAGCGAACUGCUGGACUCUCUCGACACCACAGCCGCCCAGCAGGAGCUGCGGUCCAAAAGGGAGCAGGAGGUGGCGGUCCUCAAGAAGUCGCUGGAGGAAGAGGCCGGCGCUCAUGAAGCGGCGCUGGCGGACCAGCGACACAAGCACUCGCAGGAGUUGCAGCUGCUCAACGAACAGCACGAACAACUCAAGAAGGCCAAGGCCGGUCUGGAGAAGGCCAAGCAAGUUCUGGAAGCUGAGAAUGCAGACCUGGCGACCGAGUUGAAGAGCGCCAGCGCCGCACGCGCUGAGAGCGAGAGGAGGAGGAAACAGGCUGAAGCUCAGCUACAGGAAGUGGCCGCUAAACUACAGGACGUGGACAGAGCCAGGGCGGAAUUGGCGGAGCGCUGCGUGCGGCUGCAGAGCGAAUCGGAGCAGGCGCUGCAGCAGCUGGAAGCCGCUGAGCUGAAGGCGUCCGCCGCAGCCAAACAGGCCGCCACCGCCGGCGCCAACCACGUGGAACUACAGGCCCAGCUCGAGGAGGAGACGAAACAGAAGCUGUCGCUGCAGACGAAGCUGCGAGCUGUGGAGCAACAGCUGGAACAGGCCAGGGACCAGCUGGACGAGGAGGAGGAGGCCAAGGGCAACCUGGAAAAACAGGUCGCAAUGCUAACCCAACAAGUGGCCGACGCCAAGAAGAAGGCGGAAGAGGAAGCGGAAGUCGCCGCCGCCCUCGAGGAACAGAGGAAGAAGCUCAGCAAGGACGUGGAGGCACUGCACUGUCAGCUGGAGGAGAAGCAACAGGCCAAUGACAAGAUAGAGAAGAGUAAAAAGAAGAUUCAGGAGGAGCUGGAGGACGCCAACAUAGAACUGGCGGCGCAGCGAGCCAAAGUGCUGGAGCUGGAGAAGAAACAGAAGAACUUUGAUAAGGUUGUUUCUGAGGAACGUGCCGUGGCCGAGAGGAACGCGGCCGAAAGGGACGCAGCGGAGAGGGAGGCUCGGGACAAGGAGACACGAGUCCUUUCACUCACCAGAGACCUGGACCAAGCCGCCGAGAAGAUCGAGGAGUUGGAGCGUUCCAAGCGCCUCCUGCAGUCGGAACUGGACGAGCUGGCCAACACGCAGGGGACAGCCGACAAGAACGUGCACGAGCUGGAGAAGGCCAAGAGGGCGCUGGAGUCACAGCUGGCCGAGCUAAAGGCGCAGAACGAGGAGAUCGAGGACGACCUCCAGCUCACCGAGGACGCCAAGCUGCGCCUCGAGGUCAACAUGCAGGCUAUGAGGGCGCAGUUCGAGAGGGACCUGCAGGCUAAGGAGGAGGCCGGCGAGGAGAAGCGCCGUGGCAUAGUGAAGCAGCUGAGAGAGCUGGAGGCGGAGCUGGAGGAGGAGCGGAAACAGAGAGCAGCCGCCGCCGCCAACCGGAAGAAGAUGGAGGCCGACCUCAAGGACGCCGAGCAGGCGCUACAUCUGGCCAACAAGGUGAAAGAGGACGCGGUAAAGCAAGCGAAGAAACUGACGGCUCAGCUCAAAGAGGCCGUGCGAGAGGCGGAGGAGGCGAGGGCCGGGAGGGAAGAGGCCGCGGCCACCUCCAGGGAGGCCGAGAGGCGCGUCAAGGCGUUAGAGGCUGAGGCGCUACAGCACGCGGAGGAGCUGGCGGCCGCAGAGAGAGCCCGCAGGCACGCAGAAGUCGAGAGAGACGACCGCGACGACGAGCUCACCGCCGCCGCCGCCAAGGCGACUCUUCUUAUUGACGAGAAGAAACGUCUAGAAGCGAGAAUAACAGCUCUGGAGGAAGAUUUGGAUGAGGAGCAGUCGAACAACGAGAUUCUCAACGACAGACUCAGGAAGGCUCAGAACCAAAUCGACCAGCUGACGAUGGAGCUGGGCACAGAGAAGGCGGCCACACAGAAACUGGAGAGCAGCAAACUGGUGCUGGAGAGGCAGAACAAGGAGCUGAAGGCCAAGUUCGCUGAACUGGAGACCUCGGGCCGGGCCAAGACCAAGAGUAUGAUCACGUCCUUGGAGCUGAAGGUCCAGAACUUGGAAGAACAGCUCGAAGCGGAGUCCCGCGAGCGACUCGCCCAGCAGAAGGCCUCGAGGAAGCUGGACAAGAAGAUGAAGGAACUGGCGCUACAGCUGGAGGAGGAGAGGAGGCACUCCGACCAGUACAAGGAACAGAUCGAGAAGAUGAACAGCCGCGUCAAGACGCUGAAGCGCGAGGUGGACGCCGCGGACGAGGAGGUGCAGAGAGAGAGGGCCGCCAAGAGGAAGGCGCAGAGAGAGCUGGACGACCUACUGGAAGCGCAGGAGACGCUCUCCAGGGAGUGCACCAACCUGCGCAACAAACUCAGGCGUCAAGGCGGUCCGAUGUUGUCCGGGGCGUCGUCCGGUCGUGUGAAGCGCUCGUCCCUGGCCCCGGGGGGAGCCUCCGGGGACGAAUCCUUCGACGACGGCACCGACGCCGCCAACUCGCUCGAGUGAAACAACACACCGAUAGAUGGCGCCGACGGAAAUACCGACCUUACACUCCGAGCGCUCGACACUGCUAACGGUCCUGUGUCGAGGACUCGAACAAUAUAUACUGUCGUUUUAGUCUAUGCUUUCUUAUUGUAUCGCGCGGUUCUUGAUUAUUAUAUUGUAUCGUUUCCUCCGACGCCAUCUCCUAGUUUCGAAGUGUAUUUAUCAAGCUUACGAUAAUCUCGUCUGAAAAAAAAAAAUGUAUAAGGUAUGAAAUUUUAUGUAAUUAAUUUUUCGGCCAAAGGAUUUGACAUUUUUGUAACAUGAUAAAGUAACGGAGUGCUAAGUACAAUGCCGUGUGGAAAGGAAUCGCGCCGCUCUCGGCCCGCGUGUCCCCGCGCGCCACACGACUGUCUAUAUCCGUUGGCUGUAACGGUCGAGUGAGGCGACGCCCGACCGCAUCCGCGUUCAGUUCGUAUUAAGUUUGUUUUCUCCUUUGUCACACUAAACGGUGGAAUAUAAAAUUUUUGAUACGUUUGUACAUAACGAUAAGCUAACGAUAUACGUCGAGGGAGCCUCGCCUCCGCUGUGACCGGGCCGUGUUUCCCGACUGUAUUUUGGUGCUCGUUUUUGAAAUUGCAUUUUACUUGCGAUGUGUUUCCUCGCGGUCUGUUUGUGGACGGUUUUUAUGAAUUUGUUUUCCGAGUUUUUUACACUGCGAACUCUCGUCCAGCCUAAGGCGGAACCAGCAAUCCCUCAGUAUUAGUAUCGUGAACAUUCCUCGCGCCGGUCCCGACGAGAUCGGCUGAUAAAUUAAACUAAUUGGUGAUAUUGUAAUGAAUUUUGUUUUUUUUUUCUGAAGCCCCCGAGUAUUAUUAUUUGUGUCAAAUUACACGUCUGGUGUUGCAUUUAUCGCGACUGAGCGGAAAGACUGUUGCGACAAUAUUUUAUAUCCUUGACAUUUUUCAGAUAUAUAUUUUUUUUGGGUCGUUGGGUAUAUCGUAGCCGGGUGAGGUCACCGGCUCGCCCCCCCCCCCUCCCUCUCCCAGCAAGUGUAUAUAAUGUCAGUGGUGUGCACUGAUCGCUUAGUUGCCAUAACAUUUUAAUCGUAGUUGUAAGUCGUCAGUCUCAACCGACGUUCGAGACGUGUUGGUAAUAUUCUCCGCGCUUGUACUUACUGGUGUUUUCUAAAGAUUUAUUUUUUAUUUUUGGUUAUAUUUUUUUUACAAGUUAAUACGAAUGGUGUAUUACCUCACGCCGACGAGCGUCCCAAUCGUCUGUUGAUCACUAUGCCGCCGGCGAGCCGCGUGUCUGUGUACACGCGCGUCGGUUCGCCCGGUUUAUAGAUGUAGGUAAAACAUAGUAAUACAUUGUGGCCUUAGGUCGCGGACGCCGCGUCGUCUUGGGACUAGUGUUUUGUAUCGCGCCUUUUAUUAUCGUACCCCGAGUCUUGAUUGAUGUCUUGACCCUUUUUUAUGAUAUAGUUUUGUUUCUGAAUAAUAAUAUAAAAAAAAAUUAAAUGUAAGAAAACCAUUGAAGCAUAAACAUAUUUUACAUAAAUAUUAUAUUUAAUUAUUAACAAUAUUGAUAAUUGUAAAAUUGGCCAUAGGUUGUAACGAGUUAUCGGUUGGCAUGCCAAUUAAACAAUUUUUCAUGAUUUUUAAUAA